UCUUGUCCAACGUCUCCCCAUCUCACGUCCUACAUCACUCCCAUUUUACGCUCAGUGAUUCCGGUUUUUAUUCUCUCUUUCUAUCUGUGAUUCUUUCCACUACAGUUUACGAUGGCAGAUUCAGGAUCUCAUAGACUUGACCUUCGGGUCGGCGGGAAGUACAGGCUAGGCAAAAAGAUCGGUUCCGGCUCAUUUGGGGACAUUUAUCUUGGGAUCAACAUUAUCUCAGGAGAGGAGGUCGCCAUCAAGCUUGAGUCAGUCAAGGCCAAGCAUCCGCAGCUCGAAUACGAAUCCAAGGUGUAUAAGACCCUUGCGGGCGGUGUCGGUGUGCCAUUCGUUAGAUGGUUCGGCACUGAAUGCGACUAUAACGCCAUGGUUCUCGAUCUUCUGGGCCCUUCCCUGGAAGAUCUUUUCAAUUUCUGCAACCGCAAGUUCAGCCUGAAGACCGUCCUGCUACUCGCUGAUCAACUGAUAUCGCGCAUUGAAUACAUUCACUCGCGUAACUUCAUUCACCGUGACAUCAAGCCCGACAACUUCCUCAUGGGAAUUGGUAAGCGAGGAAAUCAGGUGAACGUCAUCGAUUUCGGUCUAGCCAAGAAGUUCAGAGAUCCCAAAACUCAUCUGCAUAUUCCCUACCGCGAAAACAAGAACUUGACGGGCACUGCCCGCUACACGUCGAUCAACACCCACUUGGGAGUAGAGCAGGCUCGUCGGGACGACCUGGAAUCGCUCGCCUAUGUCCUCAUGUACUUCCUUCGUGGCGCCCUCCCUUGGCAGGGUUUGAAGGCGGCCACCAAGAAGCAGAAGUAUGACCGCAUUAUGGAGAAGAAGAUGACCACGCCUACCGAUUUGCUGUGCCGCGGAUUCCCUAAUGAAUUCGGUAUCUUCCUGAACUACACCCGCGCCCUUCGUUUUGAUGACAAGCCCGAUUACUCUUACCUUCGCAAGCUAUUCCGUGACCUCUUCGUCCGUGAAGGCUAUCAGUAUGAUUACGUCUUCGAUUGGAGCGUCCAGAGGGGAGCUCAGGAUGACAAUUCGGCUGGGACGUCCAAGGCUGGUGCUGGACGAAGGAAGGUUGUUCAGGAAGAAGAUGAACACCGUGCGAGCGACAGAAUGCUACGCUCCCACACCCGUCAGGCCCAGCAGUCUGGUGCUCCUGGAGCUGUUGGGCAACAGCGCCGCGGACGUGACGCCGAACUUUGGUAAACGAGCUCCCCGUUGUCCUUUGGUGCUCUGGAUCCCGGUGAGCUGAGCAGAUUAGGGGCGGAGGGCAGGUGUAUCAGUGUUUUGCUCAGGUGUCAUAUGGUCUGGUUUGGGGUUUCGGGUCGUCGUUGAGUUAACUCAUCGGCGCUCGUGGUUGAGGU